GAAUGGGGUAGAAGGUCUGUUGUGGAGGGAAACCACCCAUCCUUCUGCCUCCCACCACUACCAUCACCCUAGCUGGACCAAAAGGGUGACGGGGGCUGGGAAGGAGCAGCUCAUGUUCGGGUUUCCAGGAGGGGCUACCAGUUUAUUGCCUUUGCAGGAAGAAGAAAACAUCUGAGUGACCAGAUGUCUCAGCUCCCGGUGCCUUGCCAGAUGGCCAGAGCCACACCUCUCAAAGAGUGACAGGUGCCAGUGUCCUGUGAAACAUGGUUUCUGCAGACCUGAAAUAACUGGAACCCCAAAGACUCAAGAAGCAGCUAACAAUCUUGAAGUAGACAUGAACAAAACACAAGUAGCUCCCAAGCUGUGGACUACCUGCCAGGAUGGAGAAGUCCUUCUGAGGCUGUCCAAACACGGACCAGGCCAUGAGACCCCGAUGACCAUCCCUGAAUUUUUUCAAGAGUCAGUCAACCGAUUUGGAACUUAUCCAGCCCUCGCAUUCAAGAACAGUGAAAAAUGGGAAAUUCUGAAUUUCAACCAGUACUACAAGGCUUGUUGGAAGGCUGCGAAAUCUUUGAUCAAACUGGGCUUGGAGCGUUUCCAUGGAGUUGGCAUCCUGGGGUUUAACUCUGUGGAGUGGUUUAUCACUGCUCUCGGCACCAUCCUAGCUGGGGGCCUUUGUGUUGGUAUUUAUGCCACCAACUCUGCCGAGGCUUGUCAACAUGCCAUCACUGAUGCCAAAGUGAACAUCUUGCUGGUUGAGAAUGAUCAACAGUUACAGAAAAUCCUUUCGAUUCCACAGAGCAGUCUGGAGCCCCUAAAAGCGAUCAUCCAGUACAGACUGCCAGUGAAGAACAGCAACAAUUUGUACUCUUGGGAUGAUUUCAUGGAACUUGGCGGGAGCAUCCCUGACACCCAACUGGAACAGGUCAUCCAGAGCCAGAAAGCGAAUCAGUGCGCCGUGCUCAUCUACACUUCGGGGACCACAGGCAUGCCCAAGGGAGUGAUGCUCAGUCAUGACAACAUCACGUGGACAGCAGGAGCAGUGGCAAAGGACUUGAAACUGACAGAAAAGCAUGAGAUGGUGGUCAGCUACCUCCCACUCAGCCACAUUGCAGCACAGAUGAUGGACAUCUGGGUACCCAUAAAGAUUGGAGCACUCACAUACUUUGCUCAACCAGAUGCUCUCAAGGGCACCUUGAUAAAUACUCUAAAGGAGGUAAAGCCUACUGUCUUCUUGGGAGUGCCCCGAAUUUGGGAGAAGAUGCAAGUGGAAGUGAAGAAAAAUAGUGCCAAGUUCACAGGCUUGAGUAAGAAGGUAUUUGUGUGGGCAAGAAACAUUGGCUUCAAGAUCAACUCAAAAAAGAUGUUGGGGAAACAUAAUACUCCCAUGAACUACCGCAUGGCUAAGACUCUUGUGUUCAGCAAAGUGAAGAUGUCCCUUGGCUUGGAUCACUGUCACUCUUUUAUCUGCGGGGCUGCGCCCCUCAACCAAGAGACUGCCGAGUUCUUUCUAAGCUUGGACAUACCUAUAGGCGAGUUGUAUGGGUUGAGUGAGAGCUCAGGACCCCACACAAUAUCCAACCAGAAUAACUAUCGGCUUCUAAGCUGCGGCAAGAUCUUGACUGGGUGUAAGAACAUGCUGUUCCAGCAGAACAAGGAUGGCAUUGGGGAGAUCUGCCUCUGGGGCAGGCACAUCUUCAUGGGCUAUCUGGAAAGUGAGACUGAAACUACAGAGGCAAUUGAUGAGGAAGGCUGGCUACACUCUGGGGAUCUGGGCCAGCUGGACAGUCUGGGUUUCCUCUACAUCACUGGCCGCAUCAAAGAAAUCCUUAUCACUGCCGGUGCUGAAAACGUGGCCCCCAUUCCCAUUGAGACCUUGGUUAAGAAGAAGAUCCCCAUCAUCAGUAACGCCAUGUUAGUAGGAGAUAAACUGAAGUUUCUGGGCAUGUUGCUGACGCUGAAGUGUGAGAUCAAUCAGAUGAGCGGAGAACCUCUGGACAAGCUGACCUUGGAGGCCAUCGACUUCUGCCGGGGUCUGGGUAGCUUGGCAUCUACCGUGACUGACAUUGUGAAGCAGAAAGACUCCCUGGUCUACAAGGCCAUCCAGGAAGGCAUCAAUGAUGUGAACCAGGAAGCCACAAGCAAUGCGCAGAAGAUUCAAAAGUGGGUCAUCUUGGAGAAGGACUUUUCCAUCUAUGGUGGAGAGCUAGGUCCAACGAUGAAACUUAAGAGACAUUUUAUAGCCCAGAAAUACAAAAAACAAAUUGAUGGAAUGUACUACUGACUGCUUUGACAGAGCUGCUCUCAGCUGUCCUGAUGCCUUUGGCAGGAAGACCUCGUUGCAAUAAGUGAAGUGCUACUCUGGAUAGAAGCUCUCCCUCUUGUAUUUAAGAAGCCACAUUCCUUAUUGGUCAGUUUCUUGAUCGUUCAUCUGUUGAAGAGGUGCUCCCUAGAAGAACCUGCCAUACCUUUCAAAGCAAUAAAAUCAUUGCUGAUCUUUCUAUGAACUUUCAAGUCAUGAUCCCAGGGAAGCCUGUUGGGAAGUCUACAAAAAACUGCCUGUUUUGGAAGAAAAAUCUGAACUGCAGGCUCCCAUUUGAUUUUUUUCUCCUAAGGGGACUUGACGAGACGUUAGAAAGAAAAAGCCUUCACAAAUUUUAAGAACUGGGCCCCAAAAUCAACUCACCUGCCUGGAAACAACUGGGAAACUUUUCCAAUAAGUCCUGAUAAAAAAAAGUACUUCAGGGUCC